AUGAAUAACAAUAAUGUGGAAAAUGAAAAUAAUAAGUAUUUAUUUAAAAGUAAAACAGAAUUUCUUACAAAAACGUUGUCAGAAGAUUAUCCUGGUUUAGAUUUUCUUGGUGUUCACAAUGUUCUUCAUGCUAAAGCUUUAUGGUACAAAAUAUUAUGGAUAUCAAUAUUAGUUAUUUGUUUUUGUUGUGGUGUAUAUACAGUUUUUAGUGUCAUUAAAGAGUAUCAUGGAAAACCAUCAGCAACAAGAAUAACAGUUCAUUCUGUUCAUGAAUUAUUAUUACCACAAAUAACAAUAUGCCCUACAAAUCCAAUGACUUUAAAUGUUGAAAAAAUGGCAGAAGGUUUAUUUGCCAAAAACAAUCUUUCAAAUUGGAAUAUGACAACUGUUUAUAAUUUUGCAAAUUUUAUGCUUCUUGGAAGUGGCUUUCAUAAAGUUGAUUUAAAUUUUCUUGAAAAAGUUAAUAUAACUGAAAUGACAUAUUUUUAUGAUAUCUUUAGAAGAAAUUUAACUGUAUUAAAUUAUUUUUCAGAGUUUUUUAAUAUAUAUGGUUUACAAUGUUCUCAAUUAUUUAAAUCAUGCUCCUUAGGGAGUGAAAAAUUAGAUUGUUGUAAAAUUAUGAUACCAACAUAUACAAUAAGAAGAGGACGCUGUUUUAGGACAAUUGAAUUAAAACAAAAGACAUUUGAUGAAUUAGGGAAACUAAAAUUAGAAAUAAGAAAACCAAAAUUUAUGACUAAAAAUAAUAAAAAUAUUGAAAUAAUAGCUUUUAUUGGUGAACAUAAAGAAUCAUUAGCACCAUUUCCAAGAUAUUAUAUAAAUGAAGGCUCAUGGAUUAGAAUGAGAAUAUUUGCAAAGUAUAUUAAUUUAAUAGAAAGAGAUGGUAUUUGUACUGAUGAAGUUAAUUCAAUAAGUAAAGCAUCAUGUUAUUUAAGAGAUUGGAUGAGAACAAAAGUUGAAGAUCCAUUAAAUUGUACUUUUCCUUUUGUUUCAUUAAGUAAAGAAGUUAAAUUAGAUGGUUGUAGACCUGAAAAAUUAGCUAAAGUUUAUAGGAAUAUUGAUGACGCAAACUACAUAUCACAUAAUUGUAUCCUGUCAUGUGACAGAUGGGAAUAUACAGUCGUAAGUGAAACACCAAAAUCAUUAACAAAUCCAGAUGAUGAAAAAUAUAUAAACUUUGACUAUAGAUUAGAUGUAUCAUAUAAUGAUCUUCAAUAUGAUGUUAUUGAGGAAGUCUUAACAAUUUCAUUCGCAACACUUAUAUCAUUAAUUGGUGGUCAGUUUUCUCUUUUUCUUGGUUCAUCAUUACUCAAUUUUAUUCAAGGAAUAAUAAUGCUAGUUAUACUUUCAAAACGUUUAUUUAAGGUAACUCAAAGAAAGUUACAUCUUGUAAGAGAAGAUCAUAAAAAUUCUCCUAAAUGUAAUAUUAAAUUAGAAAGUAUUACUAAAAUAGAAGAAAAAAAGUAA